CAAGCUGCUCGCUGAACGGGCAGAGGAAGAGGGUCUUCUUCGCCCUGGCCGGGAGCCACCUCUGGGCCGAGAUGCCUUGACAAGCUGGUUUCAAGACUACCUGCGCUGGACCCUGGCCAAUGCACCUCGCCUUGAGCUUCCGCCACAGCCAGGCCCGAACCAGUGGACAACUGCCCUGCGGGGGCUGUUGCGAGAGACCCCAGUACUUCCGCUGGAGCCUGCAGACCCUCAGACGCUCGUGGGUCGAACCCUCUGGAAGCUGUUCUGGGAGGAUCAGAAGUGGUGGCGGGGGCGUGUCAUCGGCCACAUGCAGAACAAUGACGAAGGGGACUGGGGCCCACACUACAAGGUCGAGUAUCCUGGGGACAAGACAACUGAGGACAUGACUUGGCGCGACCUCUGCAACCGGCUAAAUCCGCUUGAGGACGUCGACCCAUCGGACUGGGGCCCGCAUCCCCGCGACUGGUCCCCACCGGACUGGCAUGUCAAGAUGGACGCGCCCUCUGCCCCUGCCAAGUCGGACGUCCUCGCAGAUCACCAUCAAAAGCCCUGGGCCACCUGCCUAAUCUGCAAGGAGUUCCCGGAGGCUCUGUACAUUGACUGCAGGGAGGCGCACAUGAAGCGCAAGUACAAAGACCCCCAUACCGGGGAGAACGUGAACCUCCUUCCAAUCACUUACCCCUUCCACGACAGGGUCGCAGCAUACAACGUCAACCCCUACAAAGCAGGUUGCUGCUGUGAGAGGCCAAACCAGAUGAGCAACAACAGCUCCAUCGUGGGUGCUCCAAAGCUUGUAGCACGCGCGCAGCUGCGGAAGCUCCUGAAGCGGUGGAGCGGACACAUCCCGGUAUCGAUGAAGUACGAGCGGGGGAAGAAGGAAGCAGUGCCUAUCCCUGUCCCUGAUGCCCAGCCUGAGCCUCUUAGUGCGGCAGAACGCAAGACGCUCGGCACUCUCGCCCCGUGCGUCUACAAACUCGUCAACUACAUCGACCCCAACCAUGCAAGCCUGUGCCCCAACCCUGCGUACCGGAAGCUGUUCUACCACCUGGGCUUCAUGCACAGCGACGCCGAGCUCCUCAGGCACGGGGCUCAGGACACGGUCGUGCAGAUCUUGACGACUCUCAAGCUGUCCAAGGGGGCUCCGUUCAUCGAGAUUGAGUGCGAGUGGGAUCAGGCCCUGCACACAUAUGCCCCAUGCCUGCAGGCCGUCCUGCUCAGCGGCAAGGCCCCUGACCGCCAUCAGGCGCGCAAGGGGUUCCGGAAGUCCGGGAGCACGUGGAAGUCGGGGGAGAAGCGGCAGGGCACCGGCUACAAUGUAAAAGCAGAGCUGCUGUACGCCAUCGCCCCGCUGCUCCAGCACCUGCUGCGCCUCUCAUUCUGGGAGACGGACUACAUCGCGAACCACCAAGCGUCCGCGCUGCUGUGCGAGGCCCUGGGGGUGGAGAGGGGCGAGAUCUGCUGGGGGUGUCUCCCUGGGGAUCGCGGGUCGCAGCGGGUGGGGAAGGACGUCUACUUCGACAGGGUGCCGGAGCUGGUCGACGAGAUCCGGGAGCUGAUGUCGGGGCCGUGCCGGGGCACCUCGGACGGGAUCCUCGCCGGGGAGGCCUACGUUGCCAAUCAGCACCGGCUCAGCUCCAGCAACGUCUACCACCGGGUGUUCCGCGACGUCCCGCAAUAA